CAAAAAAGGCCAGUGGCAUACAUUUCCGUUUCUGUUUGUGUCGGAAAUCGGAUUGAUGUCAAGGUAACCCUUCUUGACUCAUCCAAAUCGGCCAGUCUUCGAUUCUGUUCUUUCACUGGAGCUGAUGUGGUUAUUAUUGACCGAUCUUUGCGUGGAGGAGAAUCACCUCGCCCGUGACAUAACUGUGGUAGUGAGCGAGGAUUUGGACGAUUCAUAUUUGAGUCUCCAAGCCUGCAAAGCCCUUGGGAUAGUUGGUCCUGACUUCUCUCGUUCCAUGGCCUCCUCUAUCCAAAAGGAUGUUGGGCCAGUGGUUGACCCGUCAUCGUCAUCGCCCGUUUGGCCUUUGAACAAGAGAGAAGACUGGAUUAAGACGUUGCCCGAUGUUCCCUCCAGUAUGGAUUUUUCUACUGUUGAAGCUAAGCUCAAAUCUAUUUACAGAGAAGCUUUUGAUGAUUCAUGCCUCAAGCCAAUGCGUGGGCCUACAGUCGGUAAUCCUAUGGUCAUUGCUUUGAAGGAUGAUGCGAGACCGUUCGCCACCAAUAUUGCCUAUCAAAUCCCGAUCCCACAGCUCGAGCUAGUCAAGGCUAAUCUCAAAGAAAUGGUAACCAUGAUGAUCAUUGAAGAAGUGGGUGAUGUUCCGACUCCAUGGUGUCAUUCUCUGGCUGUGGUCCCCAAGUCGGAUGGUGGAAUCAGGUUGUGGGUGGAUUGGACCCGCCUGAAUACUGAAGUGAUCCGUUCCAUCCAUCCGACCAAAACCCUUGUCCAAGCUGUUCAGACGGGUUUAAUGGACGAAUAUAGGCUUAGAUUCAUUGCCCAAUUUAUCAUGACCGUCUCUCGAGGAUUGGUGAUGAUUAUUGUAUAUUUCCGAAGUGCGAAUUUUUAUGUAGACAAGAAACAAAGAAAGACGGAGUGAGUCGCUCGUGAGAGAAAUAAAAA